CCCCCAUCCCAUAUUUUUUCACAGUAUCAAGCCACUAACAUCUCCAGGAUUGCCUUCAGUAGUUAACUGGAGAUUGAGGCCUCUAGACCAAUCCUGGAGGGUUGGCAACCCGCCGGGACACGGACACCGGUGAUCGCAGAGAAGUUCUUUACAGGCACAACGUUGUGAUUUGUGUAGUUGUGGCGUUUACCUCCCGCCUCCCUCCCCCAGCCCCGCAGUAUCAUUUGCUGCAGCAGUAGCGCAAAAGCUUCCGAGCUUGCCCCUCUGAAAGAGGCAAGAGAUGCUACGAGCCUCCUCCUGGGCGGCACCGCGGCACAGUAUUCUUAAGAAGGGGCAUUGCCUAACACACUCCGUAGAGAUAAAGGGACGCUGCUGAGCAAGUCCUUCCGGAGAUCACCCCAGCUGGAGAGUAGAGGAAAGGGGAACUACAACCCAAUGCAUUCUGGAUCCAACAAAUGACGGUCUCAGCAGGACAGCCUUGUUUCCAGCCCGUUAGUUAAAUACUGUUCUAGUCUGAGGACCUGCUCCUGACUCCGGAUCGGAAGCACGACCUCGAUCACUUUAUUGUUUUUCAAUUUCAAUAGUGCGUGACUCCCCUUUGCCACCGGUGGAAAGAGUUGUAAAAGCUUCAGUGAGAGAUGAAUGAGUGGCAGAGGAAGACGCCUUUGGAAUGGCUGACUUACAUGAAUAAAGAAGUCAAAGUUUUAGCUGCAGAGAAACACACGUACACAGGAUGGGUUUUGACAGUUGACCCAGUGUCUGCCAACAUUCUUUUAGCAAAUCCCCAUGGGAAUGGAAAGGUGUCAAUUUCAGCCAUCUUGGGGCAUGCAGUACAGGAUAUUGAAAUAGUAACUGAAGCAGAUGAUGAGAUGAAAGAAAAGCUUGCACAACUUUUUGUUCCUGGAGAAAGCCAAACUUAUAGCCAAGAAGAGCUGGAGAGAAAAAAGAACAGCUUGAAGAAUUGGCUGGAGAAAAACCAUAUCCCUGUAAAAGAGCAAGGAGAGUCCCAAACCAUACUGUGUGUUGCGGAUGUGUUAACUAUUGAUCCGCCGUAUGGACCAGAUGACUGCAGGAGUUCCAAUGAAAUAAUUUUGUCUAGAGUCCAAAGGUUGAUACAAGGCUUUCUUGCAGAUCAGCAGUGACAGACGUGGUUCUUGAGCACUGGAAAGACGCUAUGGCACUAUGGGUCACUUGCAAAGCUAUGUAAUGCUUGCUGGUUUCCAUGUGUGUGGCAAAACAAACACACAUACACACUUUUUAACCUUCUGCCAGCUCCACAUUCAAGAUGGAGCUGUGUUUCUAGAUUACAGGCUUUUUGCACAGAAUAUCAACGAUAGCUGAAAGAGUUGUGCUAAUGUACUGUACUUUUAUAUGAAAAUAAACAUUCAUGUUUUUGGUUGUUGGUUUUUUUCA